AUGGAUCAAUAUGGCUUGCCAGUACAGAGAAGAGAGAUGAAGCAUAAAGGGAGAAAUGUUGUAUGGUCCAUUGGAAUGGAUAAGUGUCUAAUUGAAGCUUUAGCUAUCCAGGCUAAAAGUGGGAACAAAAUAGACAAAUGCUUCAACGAGAACGCUUACACUGCCGCUUGUAUUGCGGUUAACACUCGUUUCAAUCUAAACUUGAAUAACCAAAAAGCCAUCAACCGCCUGAAGACAAUCAAGAAAAGGUACAGAGUGAUGAAAGACAUACUUAGCCGAGAUGGAUUCUGGUGGAACGCAAACACAAAAAUGAUCGAAUGCGAAAGUGAUGAGCUUUGGAAAAGAUAUAUUGCUGUACACCCAGAUGCAAAAGCAUUUAGAGGGAAGCAAAUUGAGAUGUACGAAGAACUUAGAAUUGUAUGUGGCGACUAUCAAGCUCCAGGUCGAUUAAACAAGGUGAAGAAUGAAAACAACCAUCAUCCAAACGACUUUAAACACUUUGAAGAAGACUCUGUUUCAUUCCCUUUACCAAGCUCAGAAGACCGUAGCGAUACAGAUGGAACAGAAUCAUACACAGGCGCAGAUGAGUACUUGCAUGAUGAGUCUAAUGAUCUUCCUCCAAAUCCUCUAAGGCAACCUCUUAAACGACCUCGAAAAUCAGAUCCAUUUCAAGAAGCAAUGUUAGUGGUUGCCUCUAGCAUUCGUCGCUUAGCUGAUGCCGUGGACCAAAGCAAAACUCUGAUCAAUACAGAAGAACUGUUGGAAGCAGUGAUGGAGAUUGAUGGAUUGGAAGAAGCGAAACAGAUGUACGCAUUUGAGUAUCUGAAUGGUGAUCCAGUCAAAGCUAGAGCUUUCAUGGCUUACAAUAUUAGGAUGAGGAAGUUGUUUUUGUUUCGACAGUUUUGGUGGUGGAAGUAA